CCCUUUUUCCAUGAGUCGAGUGCCCUGAGCUGACCUGGCGGCUCCAGUGGACGAACUCCGGUGCCCCGAGGGCGGGGCCAGCGUCCUGCGGGCAGGUGCCGGGGCGGUGCCCUGUCCUGCCCCCAGGGGCAGUUCUCGGAGGCCAGGGGCGGGUCAGAGAAGCGGCCGGUGCGGGCGACGCCUUGGAACCUACGGGCGGCGACUGCGGCCACAGGUGCAGCGCAGGGCACCGUGACCCAGCUCUGGCAUCAAAACUCCGGCCCUGGGAACUGGCUUCGGGACACCGAGGCCUCGGGGCCUGAGAGCAGAGCUCUGGGGUCAUCCGAAGCGCUGGGCUGCGAGGCCCCCGAGCCAGAGAGCGAGGAUCCCGGGCCUGCCGCAGAGUGGGACACCGAGGUUCCCAGGCAAGGGGGCGAGGUGCCCGCGCCCUCCGUGGCGGAGGGCGCUGAGACCCCGGAGCAAGAGAGCAAAGUCGGCGGGUAACCAGGAAAGCGGGACGCAGAGGGUCCCCGACGGCCCGCAGCUGGGGGCUCUGAGAUCCCCCGGACCGUGCAAAGCACCCAGCGCGGAGGUCCCGGAGCAGUGUCCCCACCGGGGCCCCGAGACGCCCUCCUCGGGGUCAGAUCCGGAAGCACCCCAGCCCCGACUCCCGCUGGGCCUGGAGGGGCCGCUCAUGGAGACUCCCAUCGAGCGCGAAAUCCGCCGCAGCUGUGAGCGCGAGGAGAGCCUGCGCCGGCGCCGGGGCCUGAGCCCGGGCCGCGCGGGUCGCGAACUCGUGGAGCUGCGCGUGCGGCCGAUGCUCAGCCUGCCCGGCCAGGGCCCCGCGCUCCCGCGCGCCCUGGAGCGUGCUCGGGCCGGCGCGCGGAUGCAGCACGACAUCGAGAGGGAGGCCCAUCGCCAGGCGGCGCUGGCGCGCCGGGCGGCUCCGGAGCCGAGCGCCCGGCCGCCGCCGCCGCCCCUGGGCGAGCUCAAGCGCUUCUUCGAGGCGGCCGGGGGCGCGGACACGCCGCGGCCGCCCGAGCCUGGAGGUGGCGCGCGGGGCUGGUGUCCGGUGCUGGCGCGCGUCCCGCCGCCCGCCGCGCCGUCGCUGCUGGAGCUGGAGGUGCGCGAGGUGCGCGAGCGGGAGCGGGAGCUGCAGCGCCAGCGGCGCACCGUCUACCGCACCGCCGAGUUCGAGGAGCCCGCGCCGAGCCUCACAACGAGCAGGGGCGACGGAAAGCUGGCGGUCAUCUGGCCGCCCCGCAGAAAGGCCUCGGAGAACGGCCUGGAGCAGGAGGAGCGCAAGCCUUGAGGUUCGAGUAACCUGGGACCCCCGGCCAGAAGUAACACGCCCGUCGGGGGACGGGGGCGGGGGCGCCCUAGGAGUGCCUUCUGCACCGCUGGGAGGCCUGGAGAGGGGUGCGCGCCGUCUGCGCCCCGGAAGAGGACAUCACCUGGCUUGGUGAAAUUGAUCAGUCCCCUCUAUAAAACUGUUUAGUCCCCACCUGAGAAACUGUCCACCACCACACCCAGCGGGAGACGCUGCCCAGCCCUUUUGGGUAACUCUGCAAACCGAACUAGCCUCCCUCUCGAGCUGGGGACCCCCACUCCCGCAAUAAAGCCCCGUCCUCUUGGGCAGUGCAGGCUCCCUUCUGGGUCCUCACCGCCCAGGGAGGGGCGGAAGAGGUCUGAGAAAGCCGCGCGGGUGGCGCUGGCGGGAAUGCGCUCUUAUCGCCUUGUUGGGGGGCCGCCCGCUUCCCCGGGCCCCGCCCGGCCCAGGGCCUGCUGCCCCCUGGCGGCGGGGGCGCGCACUGCCACGUCCGGACACCCGCGUUCCGGUCCUGCCUUUCUCCGUUGCUCCAAAUUCCUGGGUACCAAAGGCGUGCGCCGCGCCCGGGGAGCUGGCUAGACAGAAGCGAUAAGAGACUCUUCCCACCCUGAGGGUGUAGACAAUAGCUACCCCCCCCCAAAAAAAAAAGUGUAAGCAUACAAAGCCCGUUUAUAAUCUGCUCUGCAAUUGCAAACCUCACAGGCCUGCAGGCACCAGGCAGAUAUUAGGAGAGGCAAAUGGGCCCGCGCUAAGCAAUAGGGAGGGGUGGGGAGUUGGGGUGUGCUUGGGAACAGAUACCUCUCGCUUCAAGGGACAGGUAGAUGGGUGUUCCCUGACGACAGCAGUGUGUUAGGAAUGAGUGAGCACAGGGGUGCCAGAGCUUCUGCAUUUUCAAAAGCAAGCUGAAGAUCAGCUUUAGAAAGAGCUAUCUAGAGGACUUUAAGUGAUUAGGACUAUUUAGGGGGGGAAACAUACUUAAAAUUGUGGUGGUGGGGGAGGGGAAACGACACCUGUUUACAAUAGGGCUUGUGGUUGUUAAUUUCUCUCUGUCCCUGGACAACGGGUUCAAAGUCCCCUUUGGAUGGGGCUUCAAGGGGUCGGAGAACACCCUAUGUGGUUUGUAAAACUGUAUCUGUUUGGUUAUGUUCUGAGGCAUAUGGCUAUAGUUAAACAACUUCUUAGAGUUCUGUUAAAGACCCAGGAAAGUUUUCUGUUUUUAAGUUAGAGCAGUUGUAGGUUUAGGGUAAAAAACACACAGAAAGUAUGGAAUUCCUAUAUAUCGCUCCCCCCCACACACACAUACAGUUUUACCUAUUAACAUUGAGCAUUAGUGUGCUAUCUUUGUUACAAGUGAUGAAGAAAUAUAUUAACUAUAAUUUAUAGUUUACCUUAGGGUUCAUUCUUUGUGUUGUAAAGUUCUAUGGGCUUUUAAAAUAUUUUAUUUUGGCAACAUAUAUGCAACCUACAAUUUCCCAUUUGAAUCACAUUCAAAUACAGUGGUGUUAAUUUUCACGAUGUUGUGCUACCCUCCCUACUGUCCAUUACCAAAACUUUUCCUUCAUUCCAAGUGUUCCAAGUCCUUUUUCUGGCUGAAUAAUAUUCCAUUGCAUGUAUGUACCACACGUGGUUCAUCCAUUCUUCCGUUGACAGACACUUGGUUUGCUCCCAGGAAAGUUUUAAGUCACUAUUUAAACUCUGGAUCUGUCCAACCAGGCCUGGCAAUGGGCCUGACCCUGCAUGGGGAGAGCAGAUGGCUAAUGAAGGGUGAGUAAAUAAAAGAGGAAGGAAAGACUGACACGGAAUUGCGCCAAUGAGCAGGUCAGCCUCCAAAGGGCCUGUCUCCUGACCCGCCAUCAGCAGAGUGACCACGUGCUUGACAGUGGCUCUGGGAUGUCUAGAGAGAAGGACAGGGGAGAGCCAGGGCUGCUAAAGAGGGAAAUGGACAAUUUUUUUUUUUUUUAACUGAUUAUAUGCUGAUAGUAUUUCGGAU